ACCUUGCUGAAGGACGCAGCACUAUUUAUUGACGUAUGCAAAUAACUGGGGGAGGGUGGUGCUUGGGAAAAAACAGGAACCAGAAUCAGUUUCUCAUCGCAGGGCGAACGCUCUGAGUUCCGGUGAAGGGGAAAGAGACGUGGCGAAAUUGCUGUCUUUCUGUCUUAUAAGCACAUCUCUCACUAAUAGAGAAAAGGGACCGAGACGUCAGAAGGGCUGCGCAAACCAUGCAGGAUGAUUUACUGAUGGACAAAAGCAAAACCCAGCCACAGUCUCAGCAGCAGCAGCAGCAGCGGCAGCAGCAGCAGCAACAGCUCCAGCCCGAGCCCGGCGCAGCCGAAGCCCCGUCCACGCCCCUCUCCUCAGAGACCCCUAAGCCCGAAGACAGUAGCGCAGUGCCGGCCCUCAGCCCCGCCUCGGCCCCUCCAGCCCCCAACGGCCCCGACAAAAUGCAGAUGGAGUCGCCGCUCCUGCCGGGCUUGAGUUUCCAUCAGCCUCCUCAGCAGCCGCCGCCGCCGCAGGAGCCCGCGGCGCCCGGAGCGUCGCUGUCGCCGUCCUUUGGCAGCACCUGGUCCACGGGCACGACGAACGCAGUGGAGGACAGCUUCUUCCAGGGGAUCACCCCGGUCAACGGGACCAUGCUCUUCCAAAACUUCCCGCACCACGUCAACCCGGUCUUCGGAGGCACCUUCUCCCCGCAGAUCGGCCUGGCGCAGACCCAGCACCACCAGCAGCCGCCGCCGCCCGCGCCGCAGCCUCCGCAGCCAGCGCAGCCCCCGCAGGCGCAGCCCUCUCAGCAACGCCGCUCGCCCGCCAGCCCCAGCCAGGCGCCCUAUGCGCAGAGGAGCGCCGCCGCCUACGGCCACCAACCCAUCAUGACCAGCAAGCCGUCCUCGUCCUCUGCCGCUGCGGCCGCUGCUGCCGCGGCCGCCGCCUCCUCGGCCUCGUCCAGCUGGAACACGCACCAAAGCGUGAACGCCGCCUGGAGUGCCCCGUCCAACCCGUGGGGUGGCCUACAGGCUGGCCGGGACCCUCGCCGCGCUGUCGGCGUGGGCGUGGGCGUAGGUGUGGGGGUACCCUCCCCUCUUAACCCCAUCUCGCCGCUCAAAAAGCCCUUCUCCAGCAAUGUGAUCGCGCCACCCAAGUUCCCUCGUGCGGCCCCGCUCACCUCCAAAUCCUGGAUGGAGGAUAACGCUUUCCGGACCGAUAAUGGUAACAAUCUGUUGCCUUUUCAGGACCGGAGUAGGCCCUACGACACUUUUAACUUGCACUCCUUGGAGAACUCCUUAAUGGAUAUGAUAAGGACUGAUCAUGAGCCUCUGAAAGGUAAACACUACCCUCCCAGUGGCCCACCAAUGAGUUUCGCUGAUAUAAUGUGGAGGAAUCAUUUUGCAGGACGCAUGGGAAUAAAUUUCCACCAUCCAGGAACAGAUAACAUUAUGGCACUUAACACCAGGAGCUAUGGGCGGAGACGAGGUCGGUCUUCUCUCUUUCCCUUUGAAGACGCCUUCUUGGAUGACAGCCAUGGCGAUCAGGCUUUAUCUUCUGGCUUAAGUUCUCCCACUCGAUGUCAAAAUGGGGAACGAGUGGAACGCUACUCUAGAAAGGUGUUUGUUGGAGGUCUUCCUCCUGACAUCGAUGAAGAUGAGAUCACUGCCAGCUUUCGAAGGUUUGGACCUCUUGUGGUAGACUGGCCCCAUAAAGCAGAGAGCAAGUCAUACUUCCCUCCUAAAGGCUAUGCCUUCCUGCUGUUCCAGGAGGAGAGCUCAGUGCAAGCUUUGAUAGAUGCCUGCCUAGAAGAGGAUGGGAAACUGUACCUAUGUGUGUCAAGCCCCACCAUCAAGGAUAAACCGGUGCAAAUCCGACCGUGGAACCUAAGUGACAGUGACUUUGUAAUGGAUGGUUCUCAGCCUUUGGACCCCAGAAAAACUAUCUUUGUUGGGGGAGUUCCACGACCCCUUCGAGCUGUUGAGCUGGCAAUGAUAAUGGACCGCUUGUACGGCGGCGUCUGCUACGCUGGCAUUGACACGGACCCAGAGCUGAAGUACCCCAAAGGUGCCGGGCGCGUUGCGUUCUCCAAUCAGCAGAGCUACAUUGCAGCCAUCAGUGCACGUUUUGUGCAGCUUCAACACAACGACAUUGACAAACGGGUGGAAGUGAAACCCUACGUGCUGGAUGACCAGAUGUGUGACGAGUGCCAGGGCACGCGCUGCGGGGGGAAGUUCGCCCCGUUCUUCUGUGCCAACGUCACCUGUCUGCAGUACUACUGUGAGUACUGCUGGGCCAGCAUCCACUCCAGAGCCGGCCGCGAAUUCCACAAACCGCUGGUGAAGGAGGGAGGCGACCGCCCUCGGCACGUCCCGUUCCGCUGGAGCUGAGCCCCCCGGCCGACCCAGCUACAAGUACUGGAACAGACCACAAGGAGGAAGAGAGGGCACUGCCUCAGGGCUCACGGUGUUCUGGAAAUCUGUGCAUUCGUUCUCGAUUUUUAAAGAAGAAAUGGGUCUUUUUAUUAUUA